UCAUAAAAGAGCUACUGCAAUGGCGGAUUCCACAAGAAGCUACUUUGGAAUUAUUUUCUGUUUUUUGUACUCUUUACCGUCUCAUUCUUUUGUCCAAAUCUUUAUAUUUCCUUUCACUCUAUCUAUUUUCUCUUUCAAAAGACUUCUUUUCUUUCUCAGUACAUCCUCUGUUCUCCAAUGGCCGAACUUCACAAGGAAAAAUAUGUACGUGCCAGAGAUGACCCUUUUUUCGAUGGAAUGCGAAGAGGUGAGACUGCAGUCAUCAACAAAGGAAGUGGUUUAGAUAUCCUUAGAAAAGUCACAACGAGGUCGGCCUCUGAUGUUGGUAACCGAGGACAGAAAAAGAUUAGUGCAAAAUUAUCUGAAAAUGAUGUUUAUAAUGAAUGAUAAACAUUCUCCUUAUUCAGCUUCAAAAAGUAUUCGUGAACCUCUUGGUCGGUCAUUAUCCUUGUUGAAUUCCUCCCCUGCGGGAAGUCCUUGGUCUGGUUUGAAGGUUGAUUUGCAUGAUGUAUAUGAGUCAGUGGCUUUGCCUGCCUAUGAAAGAUCUUAUAGUGUGAUCAAGAAAAGUAGAACUAUCUCCGACAUUCCACUACCUCCAUCGGCAGCAUUGUUCUACUGUGGAAAUUCACUGCAGAUGGAAGUCCUAAUUGGAUCAUGUCAAGGAAUUCACAGGCUGAAUAUGUUUCUAAAGGCAAGAAGAGAUGAUAUCAGUGCAGGAGUACCAUCAAGAUUCUUGCAUGCAGUGAUUGGGCCGGACUGCUGCGAUGUUGGAUCUGUUGCUUCAACCAUAAUGUAUGCUUUUUACUUGCAUGAAGCAUUAAAUGAUGACCAGUUAUGCACCGUGCCUGUCAUCAACAUGAAGAGGUCGGAUGUUCAUUCUCAUGCUGAGUUCAGAUGGCUGCUAGAUUCUUGCUUUGUUGAUCAAUCUUCCUUAAUUUUCGGUGAUGAGAUUGACCUGUCCUACUAUGAUUUAUAUGGGAGUCUUAAACUAGUUUUAGUCAAUUGUGGCAAGCUUCCAGCUAAUCAGGAGGCAUUAAAGGAUGCAGUGGUUGAAAUCUUCAAUUGCAGAGAGGAAGAUACACCUUAUUCUUCAGUUGCUGCAGUCACUGUUGGGAAGGAGGCAUCAUGCUGCACACUUAUUGCUGACAAAUUUGCACGUACCUCACCAGAGAUACUGGCCGGUCAAGGGUUUGGUCGACUUCUGCUGGCAGGUAUACUCGUGGAUACUGGAAAUUUGACAAAUCCACAAACUACAACAAAGGAUAAGUACAUGACCACCUUGUUGAUAAACGGGGCAGGUCGAUUUGGAUGUAAUGGUCUUUAUGAAAUUUUGAGGUACAAAAUGCAUGAUGCAGCUGACCCGAGAGCAGGAGAAGUUUUUCGGAAAGAUAUUAAGAAAUUGUCAAAAUCGGAUGCAGCUGACCCCAGGAUAGGAGAAGUUUUACAAAAAGAUAUUAAGAAAAUGUCAAAAUCAGAAGUUGACCACCGAGCAGGAGAAGUUUUAGAAAAAGAUACCAAAAAAUUGCCAAAGUCGGAUGCAGCUGAGCCUGGGGCAGGAGAAGUUUUACGAAAAGAUAAUACAAAUUUGUCAAAAUUGGAUGCAGCUGACCCCAGAGCAGGAGAAGUUUUACGGAAAGAUAUUAAAAGAUGGUCAAAAUCGGCAGGGAAACCUGAUGGUACAGGAUCAAGAAUGGGGACUUCAAAUAUUGGAAUGAGUUCAGUCGGAAUACCUAUAAGAGAGCUCUUAUCACUUCAGUCUACUUCAGCUGAAAACAUAAGAAGUUUCCAGCAACUAGAGAAACUUAGCAUCUUGUUGAUCGUUUCAGGGUAUUAUGAUGCAGUGAAGAGCUUCAAGAGGGAGAUUCUAGUCUCAGCUGAAACUUCUGAGCUUAUGAAAAGCCUGCUCCAUUUUAUCUACUCCUAUGCAAAUGUGCUUCCACUCAAAGCUUUGCGUCAAUCAGGUCUAGCUGCUGAGAUGAGGGUGUUCGAGAUUGAAAAAAUUGUAUCAAGGAAGACGAUUGAGAAACUUCUGGAAGAAUUCAACGAGAUAACAAGAUAAAACAAAGUUUACAGGCCAUUCCGCAUUUGUUUAUGAGGCGGAUUCAGGAUUUAAAGCUUGUGGGUUCUCGGCUAGCGGUGUCUGUUGUUAGUGGGUUUUCAGCUCAAAUUUCUUAUAUAUUUAAAGGGUUUCACAUUAUAAAUACAAGGUUUGGAUAAAAGUGGUGGGUUCCGGGGAACCCACACCCAAUGGUGUGGAUCCGCCCCUGUAUACCAUCUCAUGUUCCAGUAAGAGUCAACAGUAUACAUGUGUUACUUUUGUAGUUGCAAAGAACCUCUAUAUCUGCUAGUUACUAUAGGAUGUGCAGUGCUCUUCCAAACAUAGUAUGUUUGCAGUAGUCUCGUGCCACAUUUAUGGCGACAAUUUUUUUAUUUUUUUAAUGCUCGCAUCAAACAUGUUGAAAAGGGUUCUAAUUUCUUC